CGCGCGUUCGUGGGCGUUAGUGAGUGACGGAAUAGUAAAGGAACUGAGGGAGAAAAAAACGAGGAUAACAAAUGAGCGAGGAUAAAACAGUACAUCCGAGAAAGUAAAGCAAAGGGCGAAGAACGAAUGAGUUAACGAAAUAUCUAAAAGUGACGGGAAAUCAUUAAAACGUUGGAUAUAAGUAGUUAUUUUAUUAAACAAAUAAAUAAACGAAGUGACAAAUAUACAAGACGGGAACAAACACAUAGUUAAACUCCAAGGAAAAGAAUAAUUGUCGGUCAUCGUGUAUAUCGGGCAGCGUUUUUCCCUCCCUGCCGAUUCUUCUUCGCCAAAUACUUCUUUCGACAGGAAUCUACGAGGAGAGUUCAUAGAAAAGAAAACAUAUUGACGAACAAAUAAACCUUUCUUACAAAUAUUAACGAGAGCCGUGACUCCACGAGCCAAGGAACGCGGUGUCGAGGAUUCGCGUGUGUGCUGUUGGCUUGUUAUAUUUUUUGAAAGUAUAUUAUAUAUUUAUAUUCAUUUAUCCAUCAGCCUCGCCGUUGUAUAUAAGCAACUCAUUGUCUUCACUCUGGAGAAAACAAGAGAACGAAGUCCUCGGUGGAGAGAAUAUUGAACUAAGAAGACUUUGAAGAAUGAGGAAAACUGAGCAUACCCAACGAUCGAACAAGGACCAAUCGGCCCUUACAGCGAGAGAUGAUUUUUAGAAGGCAGUGGGCAUGACGUACCGAACUAAUGCAGUGGCGAAAACACGUGCGCAUCAAGUACGGUGGUCGAGUUGGUGUCGGUCAAGGACAGCAGGAGCAGGUGCAGUUGCAGGUGCGGGUGGUGCAGCUGCAGCAGGGAGAGCGGGGCGGGCGACUGAGGUAUCAGAUCUGCCAGGAGGAGCAGCAGGAGCCUCAACUCUCGUAUACUCCACGCCGCAGCUGCAGCCCGACAAUCAUGCUCUGCUGCGGCCGCAGAAAAGAGGGGCGGGGAGAAGUGACAGACAUAAGCGCCAGUCCCGGUCGGCAGGCACCUGCCAACCAGUUGCGCCCAAAGGAACCACCCCCGAUGGUUAUUCAGGGCGACUUCAGAAAGAGGGACCGUCUUUCGCAGGUGAGCGGUAUCAGCAACGAGAUCUUCAAGCAGAUCGAGACCGUAGAGAACGACCAUGACGCUUCGACGGCAGCGGCACUCGAAGCCGUCGAGCGACGGGGCGAGAUGGUUGUACGGGUCAUCGAACCACGUCAAAUGGGAAGACAAGCUUCUGAGGCAGCCAAAAAAUUUAUCUCCGCUCAAGAUCCUAAGCACCCGAUAUAUUUCGUUGAGAUAAUUAAAAGACCGGGACAAACGCUCGGCCUGUACAUUCGUGAGGGUAAUGGCGUCGACAGGAACGACGGUGUCUUCAUCUCGAGGAUAGCACUCGAAUCUGCAGUUUACAAUAGUGGAUGCCUAAAGGUCGGUGACGAGAUUCUUGCUGUAAAUCUUGUGGACGUGACGCACAUGAGUCUCGACGAUGUGGUAAUAAUAAUGUCGAUACCGAGGCGAUUGGUACUGGCAACGAGGCACGGCCCUCAUCAGCCGGUAUCGCACAGUCGUCAGAACGAGCACAAGGCACCACCGGUCGUCGUGAUAAAGCGGGAGCUCAAUGAGGAUGAGAGCGAUCACGCGACGAGCAAUCACAUCAGGGACAGCAAUCGCAGAAGGGGUGACGGAAGAGAGAUGCUACCGUCCCGUUCGAGGCUCGGUUUAACGGGAUUGGGUUCGAGUCAAGAUCUCGGCUCGAGCAACGGUGAUCUGUAUUACAAUUCACGACCGGAGGGUCACUGGUCUUAUCAACCACCUCCGCCGCCAGUAAUCACCCAUCAACCGAAGCCCUCUACGACUCAACACUUCCAGCCUUACGAGAGGGGCUAUCCGAAGACCCUCGAGAGCCUCGCCGAGAAAGAUUUCACGAAGGUACACUCGUUCUACACCGGUCCGGUGAUGCCGACAAACGGAAGUCGUCGCAUGUCAACCGGCGGUGGUAUGCAGUCCGUGAGUGGCCGAUUGACCGGUCAAACCCAAAAUUAUGGCUACGGUCAACACACUGCGAGCGGAAGAAUAAUGCCUCGGAGUGGCUCUGAUCAACAUCUACCGCGGGUCGAUUACACGAGCAUAACGACGCCGGCGAGACACACGCUCCUGAGAUCGAGUCUCAAAUCAGGCUCUUCGGCGUUGCGUUACAACUCGAGAUACAGUACGCAAACGGACACGACGACGAAUUCUCAGCGAGCAGGUCAGGGUCAGUUCGGUACAUUGACCAGGAGACACAGACCGUCGCUGGAUUACGCUUCGGACACCGAGGCGACGUGUUCGAGCUCACCGAGGUCCGCUUACUACUAUUAUAGGCACAACGUCAAUAAUCCGGCGCAGAGUAGCGCCGUGUCGCAUUUAGCAACACUGUCGCGUUCGCAAAUUGGCCAAAGUUCGUCCGGUCUUAGAUCGAAUUCGUUACCACGAAGUGGCCGAACGUUGCCUCAACAACCUGGCCUCAGAACCGGAUUGAGUACUGUCACGUCCGGGCUUAUCGAUCAGGAAGACAGCGAUGGUGCAUUGUCGGCGCCUGAACUCCCAUCGAUCAGGCGAGACAGAGGGAGGAUACCAUCGUCCCCGAGUGUCUUCACAUCGGAUGAGUACAGAGCCUGGCUGAGUCGGACACCAAGUACGAGUGCGUUGUACGAACAAAUACGAGCUACAACGAGCAGGCCGCCCCGUUAUACGUACAGCGCAGAAAAUAUUCACGCAGCUGCAAAUGCGGCCGAAUACGGGGGCUAUGGGUCGUACAGACCUCUGUCGAGUACACUGGAUCGUUUAUCGACGAGAUCGGCAUCUGCGCAACAAGUGAAUCUCGCAAAUCUUCGAGCUUCGACGGCCAUAAGUUCGUCGAGUCAUCGAACUGCUCCUGGCGGCCAAAGACCAGCCUCGGUGGCGUCCAGCGCGCGUGCUUCAUUGGCCAGUCAAAAAGCUUCGUUGACGAGUUCGGCCAGUCAAAGAGCGACUUCCGUCAGGAGAAUUAGAAAUUUACUCGAUCUCGAGUCAACGAGAAAUAUUCCCACGCCCACGCCUACCAGAACUCAGGAUCAAAGACUGCUAGAUAUUAAUCCUGCAGAGUUCCUUAAGUAUAAGAUAGAGAAACCACCGACAGUCGGUACUCCGAGCUCAACGAGCUCCCUACUGAGUUCUUUGGGUGACAGCGGAGGCGGUGAUUUGGCUGGGGGUGUGAGUGGUCUCCUCUGGGUUCAUUUACUAGCAGGCCGAGGGCUUCGUUCGACGACGUCAUCAUCGGCGGCCACGACGCCUUCCACGCCAUCGGGUCAGCCUAAUUUAGGUAGUUGCGGUCUGAGAGAUCUUUAUUGCGUUCUUGAGUGCGAUAGAGUUCACAAAGCACGUACGGUAGUGCGCACCGGUGAUUUGAUGUUCGACUGGGACGAGACAUUCGAGCUCGAUCUCGUCGGGAAUCGGCAGCUCGACCUGCUCGUUUACUCGUGGGAUCCUCAGCACAGGCACAAAUUAUGUUACAAGGGUUCGGUGCAUCUUGCAACGUUGCUCAAAGAGUCGCCUCUCCACCAACUCGCUCUCAAGGUCGAGCCGCGUGGAACGAUUUAUCUGCGAUUGCGUUACACCGACGCCCAUCAAACUUUCAAGCGUCGCGGGUUGCCCGUUAUCUCGUUGGCAACGAGGGUCGCACCACUCUUCGGCGUCGAUCUCGACACGGUCGUGAGUCGUGAGAGCAAAACCGGCGGAGUUCCUGGCGGCGUUUCAACCGCGUUAGCCAUGGGUGGGGCAACCCAAAAUGUACCGAUCAUCGUGUGGCGGUGCGUCGAGGAAGUGGAGAGAAGAGGCCUCGAUAUAAUCGGCUUAUAUAGACUUUGCGGUUCUGCGACCAAGAAGAGAAUACUCAGAGAGGCCUUUGAGAGAAACGCGAGGUCGGUUGAUCUCUCGCCCGACAAUGUUCCCGACAUAAACGUCAUAACGGGAGUUCUCAAGGAUUAUUUAAGGGAGUUGCCGGAGCCACUAUUCACCAAGUGUCUCUACCAGAUGAUGGUCGAUGCACUUGCCGUAUGCCUGCCGGACGACCCCCAAGGCAACGCUAAACUGAUGUUCAGCAUACUCGACUGUCUUCCCAAGGUCAACAGGUGUACUCUCAUAUAUUUGUUGAAUCAUUUGGCAAUGGUCGUGUCACAAUGUAACAAGAUGUCGCCAGCGAGUUUGGCCGUUUGUUUCGGGCCUGUUUUGAUGCUUCACGCGGAGGACACUGGUCCGCCUCUCGACUUUCAACAGCCGAUAGCCGUACUCAAAUAUCUUUUAGAGAUAUGGCCAGUGAAGUCAGUUCGGAAGAUUUCUUCAGUCGCUUCAACGCUCCCUCGAGUUACGCUACAGCAAGUCGUGCGCAGCAGCAGCUCCAGCAAUCAUCUACAUCAGCAGCAACAGCAUCACCAGCAAAUCCAACAGCAGCAGCAAUUGCAUCAGCAACUCCAGCAGCAAGUGCGACAGCCGGUGCAACAAGUUCAUCAGGGAACUUUGGGACGGCAAGGUCUGCCUUGGCAGCAGCAACCCUCGCUUCAUCAUCAGGAGCCCACUUCAAUCCCCGCAUCAAUCGCGUCCUCCAUUCGUCCUCCACCACCGGUCAAACCACGACAGGUGAUAGUCUCGUCUCCCGGUUCACCUAGCAGCGAGGAGUCAGCAUCGCCGGAGCCAAUUAACAAAGGUGCCCGUACGAUAGCUCGUGACGCGAUGGGUUUCAGCAAUGCCAAGGGUGAGGCUACAACGACGACGAUAACGACAACAACGACGACGAUGACGACGAUCACUCCUACAACGACGACGAUUGAUCAAAUAACACCAACCAGUAGCGUCGACACCGAAGAGGGCCAUCCUUCCCACACGGAGGAGGGUGAACGUGGUGUCGAGGGCGACGCCGAGGCGAGCGACGACGACCACGUCGCGAAGCGCAACGGUUCUUAAUUUUUUCUUCGUCCGCCCACUCGUAAUCUGCUGGUUAAUAAAUGUUCGCAAUUGCUGUCGAUCCUAUUCAUAUUUAGAGAAAGAAAACAAUACCGACCAGAACGUAAUACACGCGACAAGAAACGAAAGCCACGAAUACACGAGUAUCGAUACACUAUCGAGGAGAGCAAGAGACAAAGAGCACGUAACGAACCAAACUGCGUAGCAGUGCGCAAGCGGAAGACUUGCGGUAACGAGACACCUCAAAUCACGGGAAAACGAAUCUUUCUAUUUCCAACCAUUUUUUCAGCACAACGUCAAUGCCAAACAAAUUAAGUCAGAGAAUUUUUAUAACAAAUUCCUGUACACGAAACCUUCAUUGUUACGAUUAUUACAAUUCAUUGCAAAAUGGUAAUCGAUCGAGGAAGAGGAUUUUUCUAAUCAAAGUCCUUGCUUUCGUCUACCUUAAAUUUUACUCCUUCGGAAAACAAAUGAAACUAAAAGAAAAGCAAAAUGGAAAAAAAAUUUAAAAAAAAAAAAAAAACACGUUACAGCUCUUAUUAUACACUAUAAACCUCUUUCGUACUUUAUCAAGCCAGUCUGAAACGCAGUAAUUUUUUCGAACGUUAUAUAUUUGUACGGGUCGCGAGUUAUCGUAUUAUCUAUAUUAUUGUGUAAUACACGAGACAAUAUACAUA